GCCUGCCCAUCUUGCUAUGGGAAGGUUCUUCAGUUCACCCAUCCCUCGCCCAAAGCUGGCAGUGGGGUGAGGUUCCUUUACGCUUUUCCAGGCAGGGAUUCUUACUGAGUGCUUAUAGAGUCACUCAUUGCCUGUGUGACUGCCAAACCCAUUUCCUUCGUCACCUGUGAAGGAAAGGCUCUGGAUUUGGGGAUGUGCUCCAAAUCGGCUGCAGUUCGUAUGCGGGUGGGUGCAUUGGUCAAAUUGAAACCCAGCUAAACCGAGCUGCAGCCUGCAGCUCCCUGAGGGGACCCCGUCACCUCACCUCAGUAGUAGCUAUAUCUGGUCAGCUCACCACCGUAAAGGACCUGGGUGAGAAAGCCUCCAGUGCUAUUUUGAGCGAGUGUAUUAUUUUGCAAGAAUAACCUGACUCUUGAAACUGGUGCAGAUCCGUGCAGGGCAGAGGUGGGGCGCAGCGAAGCAGCUGGCGGCGUGGGAGGAGGCGGUGGUGCAGAGCGAGCUGGAGGGAUGCAGGCGGGCAGGGAGCUGCUGGCCUCCGAGGGGGGACGUGGCCAGGAGGCCAGCCUUGCAAAAGGCACAGCAAUCCCAAUACAACACUUCUCUGCAGUUUGCUGUACGUUUUCUCAAGGUGCUCCAUCAUAUUACACGUGCAUUGCUGCUGUCUGCACCUCUUCCCAGCUCCCCGCUGGGUGCUACACGGGCUUUGGGAGGCAGCAGGAGAGCUGUGCCUGUGCUGUCCUGCCUGCGGGCUGUCUGGCUUUGGGGAGGACCCGACCGUUCUCACGAGCGUGCCGCGGUGCCGCGUUAGUCACAGCGCUGUGGUUACUGACGGCUCCCCAGCUCUAGACCGGGGAGGUACAGGAAGCACGGUGGAGGACGUGACCCAGCACGAGACGGCGAAAGGGCACGUUCAGUCCCUGACACCGAAGCCAUCCCAGAUGCUUACUAGGUCAGUGUCACAGUGGGUGCUUCUAGCCCCAGGGUGAUUCAGGCAGUAUCUGCUGAGCCCAAGCUCCGCAUAGCUCACGUGUCACGGUGCUUCCCGCUCGUCUCUCUGAGCUGCAGCCCAAGAGAAGAAGGGGCUGGGAGGCCUGUUCUGUGACAGAACUGCACAGCAGACGGAGUAUCAGAGAGUGCAGCGUGUGUCCAUCUGCCUGAGGUGGAGCAAGGUGGUCACAGCUGGCUCAGCUUCAGCCUGCCCGGUGUGUUGGCUCCACAGCAGCCACCUGCAUGUCUCCACAGGCAUCGCUCAGGUCCCCACCAAGGCUUGUCGUUGCGGAUAUGCCACUAGACCCACGCUGACUCCACGUGCUUGUAAAGCCUCUGCUCACUUUCCUUGGUGCUGCCGGAACCUAAAACUCAGCAGCCCUAUCCAAAAGCAGCCAAGGGGCUUGGCAUCACACUGACUAAGCCACAUGUUGGUGAUUCCCAGCCAAAAGCACAAAAACUGGGUUUGGGCCUCUCCAGGCCUAGAGAGCUGUACGGCUUCACUUGCUUUACCCACUCCUGAAUGUGCUGGCUCUGCUCAGGGACUUCUGCAGUGCCUCUGCACUUGCAGCAGGGCAUAUGGAUUGGGCACCCACACACACCUGAGAGUUGAUGGUACUUGCUGUUCAAGAAUGAAAGCCUCAGUGUCUUGCUCAGACUUCCAACUUGGGCAUCAUGUUUGACAGGGACAGCACUGAAUCCAGAGAAUGCUUAAAUCUGGAUGUGUUUAUUCAGUAACACAAAGAUUUUAUUCACAGAAUGAAACCUUUCUUCUCAUGUAUCUGCCAUUGCAGGAUUCUUCUUGGCUUUCCCUCAGUCAUUGUGUGCUGCUGCAAAGACAAUUUUCCAAGCCUACCCCUCUGCUUAAAUAACUUCUGUGACAUCUCACUGCUCCGUGGCACUCAAUGCAAGUACAAUAAAUGUCUGCUCAGCCAAGGCUGGCCGUGAUGCAGCCUCCUUAGCAUCUCCCACUCACUCUCAGUAUGUUCCCUUCUGCCUCUUGCUAAUCUGUGUUUCGAGGCUCUACCACUUUCUUGUUACACGUUUAAAGUAUGUGUUUUUUGACAUUUCCAAAGCACCCCAAUUUCAGAGAUUUCCCAGAGGCGUUGGAAAACUCUUAAGAAUAUGAGAAGGAGGUUAGUGUUCUUGGAUUUCUGGCCAGCGCUGCCCUGUGUGUACUGUUCGUGAUCAGUUGUUUGCCGCUGAGGGUGAAGGCUUUCUAGGGCAUGGGGCUCUUCUGUUCUGCUUGGAUAGUCCCUAAAAUCUCACAUGCAGAUAACAAAUGGUGGUAGUUGCUAGGAACUUGGUGAGUGUUAUCGAGCAACAUCUACAGAAGUCGAUGUAAUGUUUUUGAAGAGAUGGUGCCUCGAACGAGACAAUUUCUUAGUGGAAACUGCUGAAAUAAGUGUCAAACGAUUUCAUUUUUGUCAAAGACUUAUGCCACCUUUUGAACUAUGAGAGUUUCAGGAUGGCAACUAUGCCACAAAAAAUACUGUCCUAGACUCCUUUUUCCAUUAAAUACAUAGAUUCAGUUUCUAUCAGUGUUUCAGUCUUUAAAAACAGAUUAUUUUCUAGUUUACAAGGAAUUCAUCUGCCACCUUUACGUUUUCAGGGGGCAUUCGAAAGAUUCAUCCUAAACUUUUGAACAUAAGGACAGCUCACAUCCUAAGUCACUUGUGUGCAGCCUUUCCAUCUUGUUAAAGGAAAUUCACCCCAGGAACACAGCCACAGGCCUUCAGCAAUAUCCUCGAUGGUAGCUACGAAGUACCUGCAAAAGAAACCUGCUGUCGUGGGUAUUAAAUGUUGGGUAUUAAACAUUUUGCCUCACAGGGGGUGUGACGAGCCCAAGGAAGGGGGAGCCCGUGGUGUGACCAGCUUGUCCCGAGGUGGCUGCCUCCUCCCCAGCCAGGCCGAUGGCACAGCUGGCCCUGCGGUGCCCCCUCUGAAGAAGAAGUUGGUGUUGUGAUCCGGUGCUGAACCAUCCUGUGGUGACCCGGGUAGGGCGAAGUGCACCUCCUUUGGCACGGCUCACAGAGGCAGGCUCUCUUGGCUGCCCGUGGUCACAGCACUUGGUCUAGUCCAAGAAUGCUUGCCGAGAUGGAGCUGGGAAGGGGUGGUUUAUUUUUCCCUUUGGGAUGGAGCUGUUUUCCUCUGCCUGGGCUUUCCUGUUUUGUGCAAUGUGAGCAUGAAAAAAUGUAACAGGGCAUGGGUGCCAGGAAAGGUUUUUCUCUCCUUUGUUUACUUCAUGGUACUCGCUUCCUGGGCUUCCUAGGAAAAAUACAAGCAGUCAAACAGAGCAGGAAGGCAGUGCUGGAGGUGCAGGGGCAGCAGCUUUGUGCUGGAGGAAAAGGAGAAGCCCCUGCUGAGCUCUUAAGCCAUCGGAGACUUUGUGGGACAGCUUGUGCUGCAGAGGGCUAACGGGGCUGUUUAAUUGUGCUCCUAAGGCAAUCCCUGCUGCUGCUGCCAGCUCUGCUGCCACCUGUGGGCACCAGCACAGCUUUGGGGAUGCCAGGUCUCCUCUUGUCAGCGUUGCAGGAGCAGCUUCUCAAAGGAGCUCCUGUCUGCAGCAAUCACCCAGACAGCCAGGCAAACCCAUGUCAGUCUGCCCAUGUGUUUCCUUUCCAAAGAGCAAUACUUAGCCUUAGACCGGAGAGCCAGGCUCUGGCUGCCUGACCCAGGAUGCUUGCGGUCUGCUCAGAGCAGCGGCACUCUAAAUGUGAGCUUGGGAAGCGCCGUGAGGAACUUGGAGAAGGAAAUAACACCGAUCCCUGAGCAUCAUCCUCGUGUGCCCUCCCAGCAGUACGUGUGUGGAGCCACUGUCUAAAGCAGCGUUGGCAGCGUUCAGCUGGGAUCGGGUCACCCUGGCUGACUGCACCCACCUCUUCCAUCUUCUGCUCCCGGGGAGUGGCUGAGAGGUGAGCCAAGACGGGUGGGAGAUAAGAUGAGAGGAGUAUUUCUGGAGACCUCCACGGCAGCAUGGCAAGGCUUGACCUCGCGUGAGCAGAAAUAAUACUUAGGACCAUUGGCCGGUUUGUUAAAUACUUUGGACCCUGAUACAAAACAGAAAGCUGAGAAGUUGCCAGCAUCAAAUCUCACCAGCAAAAAGCGGCUGAAGCAAUUUCAAGUUUGUGUUGGUGGCAGCCAGACCUCCAAAGAAGUUGACAGCUACGGUUUUAGGUCUCCAGCUCUAUGCCAGUGCACCCCUAAAAUUAUCAAAGAGCAGAGGUCGAAGAAGGGCAGAGGCUUUUAAAGCAUCCGACCAGCGUGAGCGCUCAAACUGCGAGCCCAGCCUCCCUGACGUGGCAGGAGGGAGAGUCCCAGCUGGAAAUACGCGCUGCAGCCAUCCACCUGAGGGGACCCUGCGCAGGCAGAUGCUGCCCGCUGGCCAUGGCUUUCAGGGAUGUGAAUUCGAGAAGACAUAUAGGACUUCAGCAGCUCUCAUCCUUGGCAUCAGCUGGAAGAACGUUACUGGGGCCAAUGAAAUCCUGUAAAUUCGUAGUGGAUGAAAGCACCAACCAAAGCAUGUUGAUUUGUUCUGCUGUCAGACUGAUUGAAAGUUUGGAUUUAAGUAGUGCUGCCGGACAGCUUCUAAAUGAAACCAUUCAGGCGCAAAACAAGGAGUUUAAAACUGGGAUGAGCACCCUGUUGUUUCUUGUUGGUGCAUGGAGCAAUGCCGUCCUGGAGUGCCUCCAGCAGAACGUUCCUGUUUCAGCAAUAGUGUCAGCGAUGUCAGAGGGGCUGAACUCCUGCUGUGAGAAAGUCCAGUGUCUUCAGAGAUCAGUACAUGAUGUAAAUAAAGAGCUGUGUUCUAGCAGCGUUAGGCCAAACACUUCUAGCAGCAAAACUUACGAGGUUGCAUGUGACAGUUUUCUAAAUCCUCAGAUUUUUCUGUGCCUUCAGAAAGAAGUUUCUCCAUCAAAAGAACUUGUUCCAAGAAAUUCUUGUUCCCGUCAAGAAGCUGACAGUAAUCUUAAUAAGGGCCUGGUUUUACCUUUGGCUGGCUUUGGAUCAAUAGCUUCCCCUGUCAGAUCAGCAGAUGGUAACAAUGCGUCUGUGAUUUCUGGAAGUGGUGUUAGUGCAUCCAGCUGCAAACAGAAAAGAUUAACCCACAGCAGAUACUUCAGUGCUCUAGCAACAAGCCCUUCUUCGAGUCAGCUCGAUGAUUCUCAGGUAUGCCUCUCAGGACAGUCAGCACAUCCGUGUGAGUGUUAUGGUUUAGGACACCUGGCAAGAGCUCUGAGCCAUGGCAAUGAGCCUAACAUGAAAUUGCUUAAAAGCAUCGUUGCGUAUCAACAUGAGCGAGCAGAAUGUAGUGGCUCUUCUCAAUUCAAUAUUGCAGAAGUCGUGACGUGCUGUUUACCUGGGCUGCCUGAAAGCUAUUCUUGCGUUUGCCCGGGUUUUGUCACGUUAGUAUCCCCAGAACAAGCCACAGUUAUCAAACACUUUGGAGACAAACCCCUUCAGAUUCUGCUGAUGGAGGGUGACCUGACUGAAGCGUAUCGCCACCUAGGUUUUACCAAGCCACGCAACGUCAGGACCGUGUUGGAGCGUCCUGACCUACAGGAGGGCAGACCGGGAGACGUGUGGCUAAAUACAUCGUUAGAUAUUCUAAUGCGCUCCCAAGUGAGCUUAGUUUUGGUCAAAGGGCACGUGUGCGAAAACCUACUGGAAAGGUGCGUGGCGAACAAGAUUCUGGUGAUCGGCUCCGUGCCUCAGAAGGUGCUGAGUGCCUUCGGGGAGGCCAGCGGAGCCCAGCCCGUGACGUACCUCACCCAGCUGAGCGCCUCCUGCGUGGGCAGCGGCGCCCAGCUGGAGCUGUGGACGGCCAGCGACGGGCGCGCGAUGGACCUGGGUGAGCUGGUGCCCGUCAGGAUAAGGGUGCGAGGGCUCGCCCUGCUCACGGCUGUGCUUACCACUGCCGUGCCCGCAAAGAUGCAGCUCGUGGAAGACCGAUUCUGGACUUUUGUGUACCGACUGCACCACGCUCUCAGGGACGGGAAGGUUUUCCUCGGUGGGGGCGCAGUUGAGCUCUUAUGCCUGAGUCACAGUCAGGCACUGGCAGAGCAGGCUUUAAAGCUAGUGAAUAAAAAGCCUGUGAAGGAAUUUCACAGCCCUUGGCUGGCAGCAUCUUCAGCACAGUAUAAACCAGUUGUGCUUCAGGCGUUAGCAAGUGGCUGGAGCCAGUAUCUUGCAGCAGUUAUGUGCAACACCGCAAAAGCAACCUCGCUUUUUGAAGCACGGACCUUAAUUGAGCAUCACCUCAAAAAAGCAGCUGACUGUGGCUCUCCCUCAGCAUACGUACUGAAAGAGUUUCAGACGGGUGGUACGUUCCGAGGUGGUCCUGUUCCCUCCACGGGCAGUGCAGAGGGCUGUAGGGUUUAUGAUAAUGUUACAGCCAAGACAGAGGCGUGGCGGAGAGCUCUAGACCUGGUGCUGCUGGUGCUUCAGACAGAUGCUGAAAUUAUCUCAGGUCCCCAAAGCAAUCAGCUGUUAAAUUCACCUGCGUCAAGUGAAUUUAUGUUUUUGUAGGACUUGUAGGAUUUUUUUUUAACAAGUCCAUGAGUCGGUGAGUGGAAGAAGUCCAGAUACGAUCUGCAUUUCUUCAUCAAGUCAUAGAGCAAGCAUUUAGGUGUGGUUAUGACUUGAGUGUGUGGAACAGUGGAAAUCUGCCUGUGAAACAGUAACAAGGUAGAUCCAAUUUCCCAUUUCUAGAGAUGAGUUAAAUAGCAAACAAAACUCACUUGUGGGCUAACCUCUAACUGCAGCUGUGCGUUCUAAUUAAUGAUACUGUCUGUAUGGAUAGGUUAAUCCCGUCUGAUGUCUGUAACAUUCAGCAGUGCAGAUGUGCCCUUCUGUUCUCAGUAGAAAGAGGAGCGCUGUCAAGUCGAAAGAGGCACUAUCUGUCAAGUCGAGUUGGAGAAAAGUUUGCGUCCUUGGAUAAACUCCUAUUCUGAACGUGUGCUGCCCGUAUAAGUGUUUGAUUUACAACAAAUGUUCCCAGUGUGCAUCUUGCCCCGUGAUGUUAAGAAUUUUCCUUCUCUAAGGCUGGCUGCAGUGGAUCAAAGUAACUGGGGACCUUGCAGCAGGCUGGCAUCAAGAACUGGCCCUCUGCUGGGAAAUGUAGGUCAGCUUCCCAUAACCAGCUCAGGCAGGACAUCUAAAAUUGCACCAGCUCUGCCAGCAUUGUACUCAGAUGGGUCCGAGCUACCACUUAAGGGUGUGCUUACUGUUACUGGAGCCUGAAUUGCUGCCAGGAGUGCUGUGCAUAACAGGUUAUUUUCACAAGUGUUCAUAAGACCAGUGAAACUAUGGAAGGAGAGAGGAGCUUCAAGGCCAGGAGAAACACUCUUAGUAACUUGGUAUAAACCCUCUGUGUGGUGUUUGGAGGCAACAGGAGCCAAGUUAUCAGCUUACUGGGAUGUCUCCAUUCCCCAGAACUGCCUUAAGGACAAGGAUCUGACAUGUAUGUAAGUUUAUUGCAAGAAAUUGGCUACUGGUGAUGUUUGGGACACCUGUGGGAGCCAUAUGACCUUUUCAAACUGCUGGAUUGUCUGUGGGCACAUCAAGGUACCAUACAGGGAGCUGCCUAUAGAUGGGCAGUCUCAGAAACAGGUACCCCGGGGAAGAUUGUUUCUUCCCAAUUAGGGAGAAAAUCACCAUUCCUGUGUUUCUAGUUUUCCAGCAGUCUGUAUCGGUUGUUAACCAUGUAAGCCCAUACCUGAUUCUUGAAGUAGGUUUUCAAACGUUUUUAUUACCUCAGCCAGCAAGUCAGCUUGUUGCCUUAGGUAUGUCUGAAGCACUGGUGACCCACUAGCAGCUAACAAUAAAUGGCAAUUCCUUAUGAGAGGCUUUCUAGCUGUUGCAGUACAGCACACGAUCUGUUUCUGUUAUAUCAGGCAUAAUGCUGAAGGCAUUACAUAUUGCUAAUAUUUCAAACCAUACUUAGAUAUUGAUAUGAUAUGCAUGCUGCUGUGUGUGUGUUGAUCUAAAGCAACUCAGCUCCACGAUACGUUCUAGAGGCAAGUAAUCACAUGAAGCCUAAAACUGUUCCACUGUUGUUAUUGUUCUUUUUCAUUUUUUAAAUCUUCUAAUUAAUAUUUAAAGGAACUAAAAAAAGAAAAAUGCAAAUUCAGACCAUCUGUGAAAUGCAAAAAAAAAAUUGUUAAAAGCUGCAACAAUGAGGACCUCUGGGCAGGGUUCCACAACACAACUGAGCAUUCAGCCAGCACGAUAUAAUUAUAAAUUAAACAUCCCUAAAUAAAACAAAUUCUGAGUUGAAAGCAAAACAGAAAUCCAUCAGACCUCUGCUUAUUUUUUGUGGCAGAGCAACACGUUAACCUCAUUUUUAGAAAUUAGUGGCCGCUCCCCUGUGUACUCAGAGGUCUGUGGUGUCUGCACAUUCCCUGCAAAUGGGGUUUCUUGGAGUGGGCACCUCACCAGGCAUUGGCUCAAUACUGGCGCCAUAUUCCAGUCAAAAGAGACUUCUGUAGAAUUUACAGUGAUUUUGGAGCUUUCAGUCUUUUUAGAGAUACUACACAAUGACACACAGUGAUAUCCUAUGUUUAUGACGUCUAUAAAUCUGCCUCUCGUUCUUGAAAAUGCUAUAUUCAGUUGAUACCAACUGCUGUCAUGUAAAUAAAGGAUCACUGGCAAUAAUAUGGUGAGACCUCAUCUUUUUACACUUAAACGAGUGUAACAUUAAAUCUUCUUUCCCUGUAGGCUUUUUUUUUUUUUGGUAACAUAUCCUAUAUCUCAUUUUUAUCUGAAGGAAAAUUUUGCAUCUCAUGUUAGACAGAAGGUUUUAGCCAAACUGGAUUUGAUGACGCUUGGUACAUGCUUGAAGUAAACACUCUUUCAGCAAAGUCAUCUAAGUAUUUGUAGUAACAAUUUUUGUUAUCAUUUACUGCUGGAUUUCCAGGAGGAGCAAGAGUAACAAAUGGAAACUUCAGUUACUAAAAAAGAAAAGCCGGGAAAAGAUCUCAAAUCUUGUAAAUAGAUGAAAUGGAUGCUGACAUGAUGUUUAAGAUUAUUGCAGGACAUUUUCUUUCAUGUAAACCAGAUUUAUUUUUUAAUUGCCUACACACGCAUCUAUCUUUCAGAGAAUGAUGCUAACCAUUGUUUUGGAGGUUAGAUCCAUAUGUACUGUGAGAAGAUAUGAUUUAAUUUCAGAAUUCUGAUGUCUGAUGUGCAUUGAACUGGGAAUUAACAAGGGUAACCACACACCAAAGGGAGAUGGAAAGAAAGUUGUUAUGGCUGUACCCUAACCCACAGAAUGCUACAACUGCCCUGCAAAAGGCUGCUGUAUCCUCAGAAGGGGCCAGCAACAGGCCCACACAGAUGGUGUGAGUGACUAACAUCCCUCGAUUUUGUACAGCCUACACACUGAUGUCAUAAGAAGAGACUAAUACCUCGGAGGUGUUCUGAGUAUGAUGCUAUUGAGGGUCUCAAGAAAACGUAAGCAUUGUGUACUGAAUAAAGGCAAUGUUUGGGCAUACACCUGGCCCACGGUUAUCUACCAUCAGAAUGGGCUGUCUGUCCCAUUUAUGAAGUGCCUUGUGUUCCGUAUGAGCCACAACCAUGAGGGCAACACCAGAUAAAACAGAACUCUCUCCUUUCUGAGAAGGAGAUGAGGACUUGGGAAGAAUUUAUAGAGCAAGGACACAAAAUGUCCUGAAUGUAGCUUCUCUUGUAAAAGAAGAGCAAGAGGAAACCAGGAGCAUCUCCGCCAUUGGUCUGACUGUCUAAAACUCUCAUGCAGCAAUAACAUUUGGAUUUCAGGGAGAAAUGGCAGAGAGUGUCAGAAGCAGACAGGCAGCAAGAAGCAGGAGCUGGAGGACACAAGGAGAGGAGGGAUCCUUCUGAGCAACGGGGCUGAAAUCCCCACGCGUGGACGGAAUGACGGCAGGCGCGUGAUGCUUGGCCGUGCCCGCGGCGCUGCGAGGGGGCGGCUGGCUGACACGGGGGUGAACCUGCACCGGCCCCGCGCUGGGACGCGCCGUGCUCUGCACGCACCAUCCAUCAUGAUUAAGCCUCUGGAGUGAGGGUGUGGGAAGCAGUGUAAUUGUCACCGAUUCUGGUAAAGAAUUAAGAUUUACGGCUUGCGAAGGGUCAGAGUUGGGACGGGAAGCUGACCAGCGAUGAAAUUACUGUAAAUACGUGCUAGCAAAAACAACAUUACAAAUGGUGUCUGCAGGACA